CCUAGGUGAGCCCAUAUAACAAUAUGUUGGAUGUCCCUGAUGUUCGUUUUUCCUAACCAGUACAGUAAACGCAGUGGCCGCUUAACUUUCCCGCACCAUUUGUACCCGCUACGACCGUUAUGCUACGCGUACUGUUUGUGUUUUUCUUAUUAUCCACAAAAUCAGUCUACUCAGAAUACGAAAUAAAAGACAACUCUCUUGUAUCCCCAUUCACUAGCUUAUAUUGGGUACCAUAUGGCUCUACUAUCUUGGAACCGCAGUUUGUGCGCCUAACUUCUGACGUGAAAAGUAGUCAAGGUGGUAUAUACAAUACAAAACCUUUGAUUGCCCGAGAUUGGGAGGUGGUUAUCCUGUUCCAUGUUCAUAGCUCUAAAGCUCUGGUUGGUGACGGAUUUGCAUUUUGGUAUACUCAAGCUCCGCCUUCACAUGGACCAGCCUUUGGUAACCGAGAAAAGUUCCGAGGGUUGGCCAUUUUCUUUGACACAUAUGCUAACCAGAACGGUGAACACAGCCAUGAUCAUCCCUAUAUCAGUGCAAUGAUUAAUGAUGGGACUAAACAAUAUGAUCAUGAUAAGGAUGGGACUUUGACAGAACUGGCUGGUUGUUCAUCCAAUUUUCGAAAUAAUGAUUACUCGAUGGCAACCAUUCGUUAUGCUAAUAAUCAAUUAAAGGUUUCUCUAAAAUACCAAGGAGCAACAAAUCCUGUGGACUGUUUUACAAUUGAUGGUGUGCAUUUACCGACUGGUUACUACAUAGGAGUUACUGCUGCUACUGGUGAUCUUUCAGAUAAUCAUGAUAUAUACUCCAUCCACACGUAUGAACUAGAUUUGACUCGGAAAGAUGAUCCAUUUGUCGAUUAUUCUCAAGUCGAACCAUCGGCCGAUCAUGAACCCGCACCAAGAGCUCGAGUUGAAGACAGUCCACCAUCAAAAACUGGUCGUAUAUUCACAUUCUUUUUAUGGUUAUUCAUUAUCAGCUUCAUUGUAGGCGGUGGAUACUUUGGUUAUAAAUAUUAUAAAAGACGUCAAAGGCAGUCAAAACGAUUCUAUUAAUGCAAACAAUUGAUGUGACAAUACUCUUCUUUUCUUUGCAGGUAGACAAUAAACUAUUUUCUUAAUAACAACAUAUUGUAGUAUUAUACUGGUGUAAUCUACUAUAGAGCAAAAAAAGAAAAUUGUUGAAGUAAAGCAAACCUAUGCAUAUAUGUUGAUGGGCUUUUGUAUUCUCCUCUGUAAACAAACUAUAUGCAUACAGGCUGUUACGAAUUCGACAAUUAUUAGUUAUUUUCAUUUCAGUAUUACUUGCUCUUUUUUUUUAUACACCUAAUUACAGGCUAAACAGAGAAACUUUUCUAUGCUGUACAACGAGUUGCAAUAUUUUCUUUUGUCUUUUUGUUAGUCUACCUGAACUCAACUAAGUUUUGUCGUGUUUUUCCUUCUUUGUAUUCAUGCAACAGAUAGUCUAUCUGGUCUAUUUUUUUGAUUUUUAAAAAAAAAACACUACUGUCUUCAGGUUGUUUUCUUCUUUUUUUUUUCUGUGUGUGUGUGUGUGUGUACUCAUUUCUUUUACAUGUCGUCAACGAUUUUCAUUUUCUUCCUCCUGCUUCUCAUCUCCACUAUGAUAAACUUCAGUCUUUUUUUUUGUUGGCAGUUUUCUCUAGUAGAGAAGAUUUCGCAUGGUUUGUGCAUAACAGCAAUCCUAUUCUGAUGAGUGUUGAGUGUACAUGAAUCGAAUUUGAUUGUAUUAGUCAAAUCCAAAGCAAUGGAUUAUUAUUUAAUUUUUUAGUCGUGUUCAACUUUUAUCUUUCGUAGAAUUUUGAAGGUUCAACUGCUUUACGAUUGUCGUGGAUAAAAAUCAGUGGUGAAAUUAUAUUCCUUGAGUUAAAGGAGUUCUUUAGGCAUC